AUGCCUACCGUUGCCAUCAUCAUACAGUCGGUAAGACAUGUAGAUUUCGACAACUUAUUGAUGUUAUUUCAGAAAUGUCUAAAGGAUAUGACAAAAGAAGAUGCGGGAUUGGAUAUUGUACUAUUGGAGCAUUUCCAGUCAUCCACAUAUCUAGACUUCAUCCUUGGCAAACUUUACAGUAGUAGCAGAGAAGUGCUGUUAACGCAGGAUAUGUUCGAAGCUCCUGUGAACGUUUUAUUCAAUCAGCCAUAUGAAUAUUAUCAGUUGCUUGCUUGGGAUGUCGUAUAUCUGCCCCGGGAUCUUGACGCAACUUGUUUUCCUAACAUUCAUACAGAGUUUUACGAUAUAUUAUCAAACAAGGAGGUUGACUGGUCGAAGGAAUCAAUGCGUGAUGAAAAUAUAUACAGUGUUAGCGCUUUGGGUGGCACUUUUGAUCACUUACAUGAUGGCCAUAAGAUAUUAUUGAGUAUAGCAGCAUUUUUAACAUCCCAUCGUUUGAUAAUCGGAGUUACUGAUCAAGAAUUGCUGCAGAACAAGAAAUUCAAGGAACUGCUCCAGCCUUUCGAAUACAGAUGUGAAGGAGUGAAGAAAUUCCUUUGUAGGAUCAAGCCUGUUCUUAGGAUCGAAAUAGUUCCUAUUCGUGACGUAUGCGGUCCAACUGGCACGGUUCCUGAAAUUGAAAGUUUAAUCGUGAGCAGAGAAACAGUCUCAGGAGGUGAAUUUGUUAAUAAAACGAGAAAAUCAAAGGGUCUCAAACCUUUGGAAGUUCAUGUGGUUAAUGUACUAGGCGGUAACGUUGAGGAUGGUUGGAAAGAAAAAAUGAGUAGCACCGAACUCAGAAGGCGUGCGAUGAAAAAAGAUGCGAGAUAA